CCCAGCAGCCCAUUCUCGGUCGGCAACAUGGGCAUCAGGGAUGAUGGCUUCGGAAGCGUGUCUCCGUCGGCCGGGCCAUCUUUCCGUCGUCGCCUUGUUCGCAACCAGGCCGCCUCACAGCAACGCGUUUGAAGCUGUCUGCAAUCCGAUCACUCGGGAUCCCCUGCCUCUCUUGUUCGUUCGCUCGCUCGCUUGCUGAAACCCAGAGAAGUGGUUAGUCAGACCAACAGACUGAUACUCGGGACAAGAAAAGAGAGCGAGAGCGAAGUAGAAGUGUGCGUGUGUGUGAGAGAGAGAGAGAGAGCUUUGGGGGGAGCGAGUGAGAGUGAUCGUGGAGGGCGAGGUCGAUGUAUGGAGUACUGAUGAGUGGAGGAAUCUGAAGAGGGUGGGCGAGUGUGAAGUUUGGGGAGCCCUGGAGGAACUCACAGAAACUGCUUUAGUCCAUGGAGAGCUCUGCCUCACGAGCGCCACUUCUACGUUUGCGGAUCCACAGGAACAAUAGCCAUGGCAAUCUGGUCGUCAACCAGCACCACAGCGCGCUUGCAGAUGUCAUUGACAAGGCCGUGGUGGUAGGGGAGCGCGCUGCAUUCCAGCGCUCCAACUGUGUGACGCUCGUGGAGCGACUGAGGCGCUUGCGGCCUUUGGUGGAUGAGGUGCUGGACUCCAAGACGCCGGUGGUUGGGUUUCGGUUCGACAAUGUUGAGGAUGCGGUGGUUAAAGCCAAGGAGCUGCUGGAGCGGUGCGGGCCCGAUGGCAGCCGGGUUUACAUGAAUCUCCGCACUCAAAGAUUGCUGAGCAGGUUCGAGGACGUGACCUUGGAGAUCGAUCGGUCGCUGAACAGCUUGCCUAUGGUGUUCCUGCGAGUUUCAGAUCACAUUCGUUCACAGGUGGAUCUCGUGACUCGUGAGUUAAGAAGAUCGAGGUAUUUCGCAGAACCUGCGGAGGAGCGUGUCGGGGAGAAUAUAGAAACCCUUCUGAGAGAGCAGAGGGAAGGAUCGAGACCCAGAAGGGAAACAUUGGAGAGGGUUGCGGAGAAGCUCCAUCUGCGAUCGAAGGAGAACAUCGCUCAAGAGUUACAGGCUUUGACUAAAGAGAGAGAGGAAGCAGGGGCGCAGGAGGACAAAUCAGAGGAGGAACUGAUCAGACGAUUACUGCAGUUGGUGAAGCAAAUGGAGGGUUUGUUGGAGGGGGCAGCGACAGAAGGGCUGGAAAUUCCCGCCGAUUUCCGAUGCCCUCUCUCUGGGGAAUUGAUGUCAGAUCCAGUGAUCUUGGCGUCCGGUCAGACGUACGAAAGGAUAUACAUCCAGCAUUGGCUGAACGAAGGGCAUUCGCGGUGCCCAAAAACUCACCAGAAGCUGUCUCGCAGGAAUCUAAUUCCGAAUUACACGGUGAAAGCUCUGAUAGCCAACUGGUGCGAGACGCACGGUGUGCCCGUUCCGAGACCUGUGCAGCUGAAUGUUCACUUAAACAGCCUGCAGCCGCCAUCUCCCGGUGCAGCGGGGAGGUCAGAUUCAGAUUCGGAGUUGUCCAGUCCGGCGGCCUUGACGCUUAGGUCUGCCAAAGGGUUUACUUUGGGAUCGUCACUGCGCGGGUCAGGUAGGGUGAGGUCUGCUGCGUCGCGGCUGAACAAUGCUUGUGGGUCCGGGGAGUUGGGAGACAGGGUGAGGAGCGUGAGUCUUGGAGGGGACGAGGGUGAGCCUUCCCAGAGCGGUCGGUGCCCUUCGACUGCAGAUUCCGGUGAAUUGGCAGGGCAAAACUCACUAGGUCGAUCCCCAAGCGGCCUUUUGAUUGAUCAACAUCCUUCGCGUUCGCAUUCUCGGACGGGAUCGAAUUGUAGUGUUGCUUCAAGGGCGGAGGAUGAGUCUGUAGCGCCCAGCUCACUGUUUCCUGUUUCUCCAGUAGACCCCUUCAAAGUGGCCCAGGAGAGGUACCCGGACACUCCGGACAUUGCCGCGCACGUGGAUGGACAUACGAUGUCGAGCAACGGAAGCGGUUCGUUCAGCCAGGGUGGCAGUGGUGUGUUUAUCGAGGAGCCGGAGUCUCCGGCCAGGCUUCCAGAGAGACCAUCGUUUGGGCGACGUGGGGUGGACAGGGAUAGCUGUUUGCCUCGGAUUAUUUCUGACAACACUUCCGGAGGCACUGCUCAAUCAGACGUGGAAAGGUGGGUGCUGGACCUGCAAUCGCCUGACACUGAAACGCAGCGACAGGCGGCUUGCGAGUUGCGGAUGCUGGCGAAACACAACAUGGAGAAUCGCGUGACUAUAGCCAAUGCGGGAGCAAUCGAACCGCUGGUUGCGUUGUUGAGCUCCGUAGACGCGAAGACUCAGGAGAAUGCAGUGACGGCAUUGUUGAAUCUUUCGAUCAACGACAAUAACAAGUCCGAAAUAGCUCGAGCCGGAGCGAUAGGACCUCUUGUAAAUGUGCUGCGGGUGGGAAAUGCAGAGGCGAUGGAGAACGCGGCUGCGACAUUGUUCAGUUUGUCGGUGAUGGAUGAUAACAACGUGACGAUAGGUGCGUCUGGUGCCGUUCCUCCGUUGGUUCAUCUUCUGAUCAAUGGUAGUCCUCGGGGUAAGAAGGAUGCUGCUACGGCCCUUUUUAAUCUAUCUAUUCACCAUGAAAACAAACGACGGAUCGUCGAAGCUGGGGCCAUAAGACCGUUGGUGGAACUGAUGGCGGACCCGGCAGCAGGAAUGGUAGAUAAAGCAGUAGCGGUAUUGGCGAAUUUGGCGACGUUUUCGGAAGGGAGGCAGGCAAUCGGCGAACAUCAGGGUAUUCCUGCACUGGUGGAGGUGGUGGAAGCCGGAUCGCAAAAGGGAAAGGAAAACGCGGCUGCUGCUUUGCUUCAGCUGUGUACGAAUAGCCACAGGCACCGCGCGUUGGUCUUGCAAGAAGGAGCAAUUCCUCCACUGGUGGCUUUGUCACAAUCGGGCACUCCUCGUGCCAAGGAGAAGGCCUCGGCUCUACUGCGUCACUUUCGGGAGCAACGACACGGUGGGAUGGGUGGGCGGUCCAACCCGGAUAGACACAUGGCAGGAUACUAUUGAUUUCCUCCCUGAAGAGGCGGCUUCGAAGUAGUUGAUCGAUGCGCAGAAUAGGCAGAGAUGAGGAGUCAUUCUCUGCACAUCUCUUUAUCUACGAUGACGUUGUGCCGCGGAUGUGGCUUCUUCCCAUCGGACUGCCGGGAAUGGGGACAGGGCGGAUGGAGAGGGGACAAAUGCGGGAUUUGUGUGUUCCGGCUUCGCACGAGCAGUUCAAACAUUGUGCGUGCGUUUGAUACGAAGCCUGUUACACUCGCUUCAGCAGUUGUGUAGAGUGUAGGUUCAUUUGUGGCUAAGGUAGGAGGUUCCGAUGCGCGGUAAGUUCUCCGGGUAUACCAGCUAUGGGCAACUCUCUGGGGCAUUGUAGCUGUUGCAUUUCGGAUAUUGGGAACAUUGCAUUUUUCAAUUAGCCGAUUUACGUAAAAGAAUUUUCGGAGUCCGUGGGUGGAGACUAUUGUAAUUUUUUCCGUCAAAAGUUUUAGUCGUGAGGUGGUCUUGGAGGGAAGGACCGGAGUGGAGUAGUGGAAGUCUAUCUUGUAAUGAGAACAUUUAAUUUGGAUGACCCACAUUUGGGGGCUGCAGGUUUAGCCAUGACACGAAGAUUGCUGUAUAUUGGAUAUUUAUUUUUUAAUUCCUCGAUUCAUGAGACGUUUUCUUA